AUGAGUCAUUGUCGCGAAGAACACGCAACUCACGGUCAUGGCUCUGCUGAAGGAUCUUUAUUCUCUCGAAUUGAUCGAGAAAAUGUGCGUUGUUUGAACGAAAGUGUUCUUGAAUCAGGAAAAAAUGUAAUUAAACCUUGGCACGAAAGAGAAGACACGACAAAAUAUGUAGAAAGUGACGUCGAUGAACAAUUGAUUUUCUUUAUUCCAUUCACCGGUAGCGUGAAGUUAAAGUCAAUCUCGAUUAAAGCUGGGCCUGGUGAUAGUUGUCCAUCAAAAUUAAAAGUUUACAUUAAUCGAGAUGACAUGGAUUUCGACGCGGCAGAAACCUACGAGUCCACACAAGAAUGGGACUUGGUGCAGACUAAUGAAAUCGUCGAAAUUUCGAAAAUGUCUAAUGUACAAAAUUUGAAUUUAUACUUUUCUGAAAAUUUUGGAGAAGAAAUUACGCGAAUUUAUUAUAUUGGACUUAAAGGAGAAUGGACGGAGAUCAAAAAGGAUCCAGUAAUAACUUUAUACGAAGCAGCUGCCAAUCCGACAGAUCAUAAGAAGAUUCACGGGGAAGAGCGAUUGCAUCAUGCUUUUUGA